AUGGCCGGUGAGCAGCCGAAGAAGCCGAUCGGGGGAGCCUACGGGAUCUGGCUUGGAGAGCACCGGGCGGAGCUGCAGAAGGAGCUCGGGCCUGGCAAGCCGGCCUCCGAGGUGGCCAAGCUGGCCGGGAAUCGCUACAAGACCCUCGGGGAGGAUGAGAAGGCCGAGUACCAGAAGAAGUUUGAGGAAGCUAAGACAAAGUACGAGGCCGACAUGAAAGCCUUCCUCGAUGCCGGCGGCGAAAAGAAGGGCACCAAGAGGAAGGCCGACAAAGCGUCCAAGCCCAAGAAGGACCCCGUGGCACCGAAGAAGCCAGCCGGCGGGGCUUUUGGCUGCUUCCUUGCCAAGAACCGGGCGGCCUUUACCAAGGAAGUCGAGGGCCAGCCCAUCACGGCCAUCACGAAGCUGGCCUCCGAAAAGUGGAAGAACCUCAGCGAAGACGAGAAGAAGGUCUACCAAGCGGAGUAUGAGACAAAGAAGGCUGAAUACGAAGAGGCGAAGAAGUCUUACGUGCCUUUGCCCAGCGCUGAGAAUCAGGAGACCGCUAAGCCUGCCAAGAAGGCACGGCUGUCCAAGGAAGGGAAGGCAGCGGCCAAGCAAACAAAGGACUUGGACAAGGAGAAGAAAGUCGCGGAGAAGAAGGCGAAGAUUGAUGCCAAGGCAGGCAAAGCCAAGGCCAAAGCCAAGGCAUCACCGAAGAAUAAG